AUGGAAACUCCCCAAAAGCCUCAUGCUGUAUUCGUACCAUUUCCAGCACAGGGCCAUGUCAACCCAAUGAUGCAACUAGCCAAACUCUUCCGUUGCAACGGUUUCCACAUAACCUUUGUCAACACUGAGUUCAACCACAAACGUUUGAUUAAAUCUCUUGGACAAGACUUUGUGAAAGGUCUCCCGGAUUUUCAGUUUGAGACUAUACCUGAUGGUUUACCGGAAUCAGAUAAGGAUGCAACACAGGAUGUUCCGCCGCUGUGUGAUUCGACUAGGAAAAACUGUUAUGGUCCAUUCAAAGAGCUUGUGAUGAAGCUCAGCACUUCAUCGCCAUAUCCAGUUACUUGCAUAGUUGCUGAUGGCAUCUCAGGCUUUGCUGGAAGAGCUGCGAAGGAUUUAGGCAUUCAAGAGUUACAGUUUUGGACAGCUUCUGCUUGUGGCUUUCUGGGAUUUUUGCAGUACGAUGAGCUUGUCAAAAGAGGAAUUCUUCCAUUCAAAGAUGAAAAUUUUAUUUCGGAUGGAACUUUGGAUUUAAGUUUAGAUUGGAUCUCUGGAAUGAAAGAGAUUAGACUAAAAGAUCUUCCAAGCUUCCUCAGAGUCACUGAUCUUAAUGAUAUUAUGUUUGAUUUUUUGGGUUCUGAGGCACGAAAUUGUUUGACAUCAUCAACCAUCAUUAUUAACACAUUUGAAGAAUUGGAAGGUGAGGCCCUUCACACCCUUAGAGCCAAAAACCCAAACAUAUAUCAUAUUGGCCCAAUUCACUUACUUUCUAGAAAGUUUUUAGAGUAUGAAAAUGGUUUUAAGGUAAAAGGUUCAAGUUUAUGGAAAAAUGAUUCAGAAUGCAUAAAAUGGUUGAAUAAAUGGGAAUCUUGUUCAGUCCUAUAUAUUAAUUAUGGGAGUAUAACUGUUAUGACAAAUUAUCAUUUGAAAGAGUUUGCUUGGGGAAUAGCAAAUAGCAAAUUACCAUUUUUAUGGAUAAUGAGACCAGAUGUAGUAAUGGGUGAAGAGACAUCAACAUUGCCACAAGAGUUUUUAGAUGAAGUAAAGGACAAAGGAUACAUAACUAGUUGGUGUUUUCAAGAUCAAGUUCUUGAUCAUCCUUCAAUUGGGGGAUUUCUAACUCAUUGUGGUUGGAAUUCUACACUUGAAGCAAUUUCUUCAAGUGUGCCUACAAUUUGCUGGCCUUUCUUUGCUGAGCAACAAACUAAUUGCAGGUAUUUAUGUAAUACUUGGAAAAUAGGGAUGGAAAUUAACCAUGAUGUGAAGAGGGAUGAGAUAACGGAACUUGUUAUUAAAAUGAUAAAAGGAGAACAAGGAAAAGAAAUGAGAGAAAAGAGUUUGGAGUGGAAGAAAAAAGCUACAGAAUCUACUGAUUCAGGAGGAUCUUCAUACAAUAAUUUUUAUAAAUUAAUCAAAGAGGUUCUUCACCACAAUGAUACUUGA